GGAAACUGGGAGAGGGCUUUAGGCGUGAGAGCAUGCGUGUGGUGCCUAGCAGUGGGUAGAAAGAGUUUGUUUCAAAGUGAUUAAAGCGCAGAACAUUUGAAAAGAGAGUAGGAGUAUAGGUUGAGGGAUAUGGAAAAGAAGCAGAAAGAGUAUCUGUUUAAGGUGUUGGUGAUUGGUGACCUCGGUGUUGGGAAAACCAGCAUCAUCAAGCGGUACGUUCAUCAGAUUUUCUCCCAACAUUAUAGAGCAACCAUUGGCGUGGACUUCGCCCUCAAAGUCUUGCAUUGGGAAGAUGACACUAUCAUUCGGCUUCAGCUUUGGGAUAUUGCAGGGCAGGAGCGGUUUGGCAACAUGACUAGAGUGUACUACCGAGAGGCAGUGGGAGCAUUUAUAGUCUUUGAUGUAUCCAGAGCAUCAACAUUUGAAGCGGUUUCAAAAUGGAAGAAUGACCUUGACAGUAAAGUAAGGCUGCAGAAUGGCAACCCAGUGCCUGCUAUCUUACUGGCAAAUAAAUGUGACCAGACAAAGGAGGGACUUAGCAAUACAUUACCCAAACUGGAUCAGUACUGUAAAGAAAACGGCUUUAUUGCCUGGUUUGAGACAUCAGCAAAGGAUAACAUUCAUAUUGAGGAAUCUGCUCGCGUCCUGGUUGAGAACAUCCUCAAUGCUGAAGGUGAUGAUGUAGCCCCUGCAGACCCGGAUAUUAUUACAUCCCAACAGCUCUCUCUACAAAAUAAUAAUGCCAGCUGUUCAGCCUGCACAAAGUAAAAGAGUAAUGGAUCUCUGACUCCUUUUUCCUUUUUGGAAGGAAGAAUAGGGGUGCACUCAGGUGGAGAAAAUGUAAAAAGUUAUCUUUCAUGGUCAGGAGCUGGAAGUGUGACCACUGCACGUGCUGAAUGACUUGUGACUGGUCAGAGAUGCUGAAUUUGUGAUGGCCAUUCUACCUCUUGAAGAAAAUUUACCAAGGCUUGCUGAAUUGUUUUUGUUCUAUUGUCCUCCAUCUCCCUUCUGAGUAUUGAAACUCCCUUUUAGUUUUUGUUUAAAAGCCAGUCCCUUUUCCAAAGUUCUUCUAGUUUAAAACCUGACAAGUUUCAGGUUUAAAUUCCAGAUGAUGGGAAGCAUUAAUUUUUAUAAUUUUGGAUUAUUUUUUAAUCUUCCUAACUCUCUCAGGUUGAUCAGACAGCUGGACAUGUAGAACUGCAGAGUUUCAGGUUUGAGGGGAAGGAUAUAGGUAAAAUAAGUGACUUUCCACUAUAGUUUGGCCAUAUCUAUUCUCCUACCUUCCCUACAUUUUAUCCAGAUAUCUCCUAUUUAUGACCAGUUGACCUUGGUGAUAUUUCUCUAAAUGCCCACUCAUUUUACUUGUGGUGAAUACCAAAUCUGGUUCACUCAUGAAAACAGGAACUAAUAUCUCUUAUAACAUCAGUGGCAGCAAUACCCUUUUUUAAUUAUCUGCUUUCCAUGUAAUUAAUAGUUACAGCCUUGUUGCAAUUGAACUAUUACUAUGCAGUGAAUUGAACACUAAUUUAAGCUUCUAAAAUGAUCAAUCUCCCAUCCCACAUAAAUGAGCACUUUCUAAUGUGGUGACUUGAAUUAUAAUCAACUGUUCAGUGACAGGAAUAACUUUUCUUUUGAGGGUGUGUGGAGAAAUGGGCAGUCUAGGACCAGCUGAAGUGAAGAAUUACACCUGGAGUACAGUUCAAUCUUAACUGCAGAUUCUGCUGAACUGCAGCUGCUUUUUUUUUUUGCUAGCUUGUGAUCAGUGGGUAGAUUUAGGUUGCCUGUCAUUACUUGUUUUGUAUACACAUCCCUUUUUGGGCACUCAUGCCUCUUUGUUCAUUCCUCCCUUUUGCUUAGAAUUAAAGGCAUUUCAAUAGAGUUUGUGCCUGAAAUUUUGUCUUUUGUUACACCAGUGCAAUGCUAAAGGCACAUUUCAUGUUUUUCUCUUGUAACUGGGAGUGAUUUGUAGUGUAAACUGAUCAAAGUUUGUUUUGCUUGACUCCAUCUAAUCACAUUUGUUGUAACUUACAAUUGUAAUCCCUUUUUUGAUAGGAAAAGGGAAGUACAUUUCUCAAACUUCAGUAUUUAUAUUUAUUACUGACUAAUCCUUUUCAUGGAUUUAAUACUGGUUGAACAGAAGUGCUUUUGUUUCUCUCCUAUGAGAACUUGAGAUAUUUUAGUACAUUGAAUUAUCCUGGCCUUACCUCACUGUACUUCCAUAUUUAUAGACUGUUAGAAUUGCUCUUAGUGAUUUUGUCUGUAGAGCUAUCUUUCUUCUCUUCCACCUCCAAAGGAUUUUGAAAUUUGCCAAGG